CCCACCGACUGAUGUGAAAAUUUUCUUAAACAUUACAAAUGUGAUAAUAUUGUGUGAAUAUUACAUAGAAACCGAAAAAUACAGGAUUAACAUAAUAUUAAUAAGUACCUUUCUUAUAAGAUAGCUUUAAAAAAGUGAGAGAAAUGCAGUCGUAGUAUACAUCUCUUGGUGAUCGUCAAAUAGCUUUCGAUCGUAUUUUCGCACGUCCUAUUACAAACAAUUGCAAGUUUUUACAGCGAAUUAGCUGUUCCCAAUAUUCGUAAUAGUGUAAGAAGUGUAAAAGUGUAGUGGUGCAGUGUGGUGCAGUGCAGUGGUGUCGGCCGAAAUGUAUCAGUGAGGACGGCGAGUGCCGAGCGAGGGUUCCCGGGUGUCAUGUUGGAGACGCGGUCGGUGCGUACCGCUGACUCGGUGUGGGCGAACAAGCCGCUGCCGGCGCCUCACGCCAUGGCUAACUCCAGGCACGGGAAGAACACCCAGGACGACGUGUGCUACGUAGUAGCGAAGUACGAUUAUGCGGCACAAGGCGCUCAAGAGCUGGACCUGCGGAAGAACGAACGUUAUCUUCUCCUCGACGAUUCAAAGCACUGGUGGCGCGUACAGAACGCUCGCAGUCAGUCCGGCUACGUGCCCAGCAACUAUGUCAAGAAGGAGAAACCUUCGCUCUUCGAUAGUAUCAAAAAGAAGGUGAAGAAGGGUUCCGGCUCGAAGACGCUGCCGUCCAACAGCUCGCCGGUGCGCGGCGCGGGCCCCGAGUCGCCGGGCGCGCGCCGGCCCGAGCCCGCCGACGCGCUGGGCACGGCCGUCGUCAAGUACAACUACCAGGCGCAGCAGCCCGACGAGCUGUCGCUCACCAAGGGCACGCGCAUCCUCAUCCUCGAGAAGAGCAACGACGGCUGGUGGCGGGGGCAGUACCAGGGACACACGGGAUGGUUUCCGUCGAACUACACGAGCGAGGAGGGCGACAACGAGGACACCGUGCACACGUACGCUAUGGCGGAAAACGUUUUAGAUAUUGUUGUGGCACUGUACUCGUUCACGUCGAACAACGAGCAGGAGCUGUCGUUCGAGAAGGGCGACCGCCUCGAGAUCAUCGAGCGACCGCCGUCCGACCCCGAGUGGUACCGCGCGAGGGACAACCGCGGACAGAUCGGCCUCGUGCCCCGCAACUACCUGCAGGAGCUCGCGGACUACCUCACGCAGCCCUACAGCGAGGCGGGCGAGGGCGGCGCGGCGGGCGGCGCGCGCGGCGCGGCGGGGCGCGCGUGGUACUACGGCGCCAUCACGCGCACGCACUGCGACGCGCUGCUCAACCAGCACGGCCACGACGGGGACUUCCUCAUCCGCGACUCCGAGACCAAUGUCGGGGACUUCUCGGUGUCCCUGAAAGCGCCGGGUCGCAACAAGCACUUCCGGGUGCAGGUGGAGGGCAACCUGUACUGCAUCGGGCAGCGCAAGUUCAACACGCUGGACCAGCUGGUGGCGCACUACCAGCGGGCGCCCAUCUACACCAACAAGCAGGGCGAGAAGCUGUACCUCGUGCGCCCGCUGCCGCGCGCCGCGCCGACGUGCUGAGCGGCCCGCGCCGCCGACGAUUGCUAACUUCCAUUUAUUAUAACGUAUCGAGAGUUAACUAUAUAGGCGUAGUAGCUGAAAACCUAAAGAUACCUCAGUAUGUCAUAGGCCUUAUCUUAUCUUCAUUGACGUGUCAAAAUUGAGUGAUCGAUUUCAAUUUAUAUUUAUUCAAAUUUGUAAAUAAACCUCUGUUAGUAGAGUAAGUUUUGCUAAAAAUCCGGUAAACUCGUUACGACCUUUCCGAAUUAUGAAAGUUAGCAAUCGAUAUUAAUACGUUACUAUUUGUGACAUUGUCAACGAAUUAUACGAUUCGGUUUGUAUAAAUUGCGUUACGUCAUUUUUUUCUAAUAAUUAAUUAAUAGAUAAAAAUGAGGCCUAAACAUUUCGAGGCUUACCCUGUCAUUUGAUCUUGGUUAGAGAAAUGCAUUUAGUUAAAAUAAUUGGGUAAUGACUUAGUCAACGAUGAAACCACCAAAUCUCAUCAAACAUUCGAUCACAAAUAACUUCACGUUGUAAUAUUAGACGAAAAGUGCCGCAUCGAAUUCAUAUAUUUUAACCUAAAGGCAAUUUGUAGGUAUAGGGGUAAGAAAUAUUGAACGGACUUAUGCAUCCUAAUCAAGUAAACCAAAUCUAAUUGGGUUUAGGCAAAUUAAUUAGAUUAGACGUCGAACGCACACGUAGUGACGUUUUGAAGCUUCAACUUCGAGUUACUUUAAUGCGACCGACACUCGCGUGAAGUGUUAGGCCGACUGUCUGUGAACUGGCUCGGAAACGGAUGCUUUCGAAGCAUAAUUUAAUACAAUAUAGUAUUAUAUAGCAGUAAUAAAUAUGCAGUUACUUUUAAUGAAGCUUCUGAAUAGUUGGCAUCUUUCUGACGCAAAGAUGAAUAAUGCUCAUAAUCAUGACGUUGUUUGAAAUAUUUAUAAUUUAUUUAAAAUUAGUAUUUAUGAAAAGUACGUGAUUUAAGCGAGAAUGUUCACAGACAAUAGUUCUACCAGCUCACGUGCAGUGUCGCCAGAUAUUUUCCAUAUAGAAUGUUCUAUAAAUGGGGUGUAUACAUCCGGAGUCCCCGAUAAUUAUAUAAUUAUGUAGAAUAAUACGGCGUUGAUACAACGCCAAAAUAUUAUAAUUAUUACAAUAAUAAACCAAAAACGGCUUCUUCAUUCUCUAUUAUAAAUAACAUAAGAGCGAUUUCUAUAUCAUAUUAUUUGGUAAGUAAUGUAGCGUAAUUUUUAAAUGUUUUUUUUUAUUAUAUAGAUAAACCGUGUUUUAUGUAAUGUACUCAUAGUCCCAUAAUUAGCCUGCGUACACACUGAACAAUUUAUAUUAAAAAACAAGCAAAUUUACUCCAAGUGUGUACACAGAUUUAGUAUAAUCAAUGAUGUUCAAUUGCGUCGGAAGGCGUCGUG